AUGGAGGAGCAGGCUAGCGACCCAGCGGAGAGCCUUUAUACCAAGGCUAAAGCUUCACGAUUUCACUUCAAGUCCGGCUCCAAACGUCGCUCAAAGCGCUAUGAGAGCGAAAGCAAGGAUGAAGGUACCGACGAUCACACUUCAAAGAGACACAGGUCCAGUCGUGACAGCGAAGAGCGACGCAGCCAUCGCGACUCAAGACGCAAACAUAAGCACAAGCAUCGCACUUCUCACGAAGAUCGUCACCCUACGUCUACACGAGACGGUGCAUACUACGAUCCAGACUACCGUCAUCGCGAAUCACUAUACGACAACCUAGAGGAGUCAGGCGCAGGUUCUCCAGGUCCAGUCUCCGAGGAAGCUUUCCGCGAGUCGCUGUUCGAUGCGCUUGCCGACGACGAGGGUGCUGCGUACUGGGAAGGCGUAUACGGCCAGCCUGUACACAUAUAUCCUGAUACCAAGCCUGGCCCUGAUGGCAAGCUGGAGCGUAUGACAGAGGAGGAGUAUGCAGACUAUGUGCGUUCAAAGAUGUGGGAGAAGAGUCAUCAGCACAUCGUGGAAGAGCGCGAGGCGAAGGAGCGGGCGCGUCGAAACCGGAAGGCACAACGCAGUCAGCUCGACGAAGAACUCGAGCGGGAGGAAGCGGAAAGAGAUGGCAUACGGCGCCGCAUGGAAGAGAGCCUGCGUCGAGGCGAAGAGCGCAAGAAGACCAAAGAGGCAGAGGCUGCAUGGGAGAAUUACACAACCAAGUGGGACAGUUUAAAGAACGCCCAACUUCUGGAUGAAGAGACAGAAGUGAAUGUGCGUGAGCUCAUGCCAUGGCCUGUAGUGUCUGGUAAGGCAAAGCACGUGUCAAAAGAAGAGAUAGAACGCUUCUUGCGCAGCUCAAAGGCGUGGAGAGAGGACUCUGUGGCGCUACUCAAGUCCGAGCGAGUGCGCUGGCAUCCCGACAAGAUGCAACAGCGAUUCGGACAGCACAUUCAUGGCGACACUAUGAAGUUAGUCACGGCGGUUUUCCAGGUCAUUGAUCGACUUUGGAAUGACCGAUGUUGA